AUGCGAGAUUUUCAGUUUGAUCUUGAGCUUGGUAUUUCAAUUUCUGAAAUUCCUUCUGAUAAUGUCAAAGACGAUGAAAACUUUCAGUUCAGAAUUGAUUGCCAAUGGGUAAAUGCGGACGAAAAACGUACAAAGUAUAAUUAUUUUGCAGGUGAAGAAAUUGCUGUCACUUACUUUCCAGCCGAAGAAUCGAAAGUAGCGCUUGGUGAUAGCGAAGCGAUGAAAGACCCUUUUUCCCAGGUUAUUAAGGAACGCGGAAAGUUUUCUAUAUCCCAAUACAUCCGCCCUGAGGAGAGAGAUACUUUGACUGGUCCUUUUCCUUCUAGCGGCGGUUCUGUCUAUAGUUUCACCUUUGCAACCAACGCUACCCACCCAUACCGCUAUAUAGAAUUUGAAGAAAAGGUCCCAAACACAUUUUGCUUUGCUUCGAGACCAGUCUCAAAGAAUGGAUCUAAUAGUGAACCAGUAUAUCUUCAUUUUGAUUCAGUUUGGAGUCAUAGAAUUAGUUGGGGCUCUAGUCUUGAUGAUAAUUCUGCUCCAAAAGAUGCUUCUUAUUACAGCCCUUUAAUAUUUACCUUUGGAUUCCUUUUGCUCGCUAUUUGCUGGAUUUAUGCGAUGAAAUCGUUUGAUAUAUUUACUGAACGUCUGGUGCUAUAUUUUAUUGCUUUCGGUUUUGGAGUAUGGCGUCCAACUCGAGGCAAUUUAGUUUCGGGAGGUACGAUCUUGUUACUUAUCCCUGUAGUGUUCCAUACCGUCCAUAAAUUAAUCAAUUGGAAGUUUUGGAUACAUGAAACAUCCUUUUAUUUGAUUGAUGAGUUUUUGAAUGACUCGAGCAACAAUUUAAUUUGGAUGUAUGCAAUUUAUCAUUUAUACCAAGCAUUUACAUCUGGAUCUUGCAUGAAAUCGAAGCAGUCCGUAAGGUUGGUAAGGCAUUCUCUUUUUUAUUGUGUCGGUAUGAUUACGUUGCGUCCUUUUGUAUUGUCAUAUUUUACUACCAACUCAUCGUGGCGUCCUGCUUGCAUAGCUCCAGGCAUAGAGGACUUUAUAUAUUGGAUAAUCCGCUAUGGAGCAGAAGUUUUAAUUCCUUGCUAUAUAUGGCGCCCUUCACAUAAUGAAUUGGUCUGUUACAAUGAGGAAGAAUAUAUAGAGUCCAAAUGA